AUGUCAACUGAGGAACCUUCGAAAUGCUGCGUCUGCGGUGAACCAACCACGAAGCGUUGUCAGGCGUGCGCACAGAGCGGCGUCGACCUCUUCUUCUGCUCGCCGGAACACCAGAAGCUUGUCUGGAAGCACCACAAGGAGGUCUGCGGGCCGAAUGCUCACCCUUUCCGCUAUCCGCCUCUCUCGCAAGACGAGGUGGGCGAGCUGCUAGCUCUUGAGGAUGCGCCGGUGACGGAACAACACCGCUCAGAGAUCCUCGCGUCAUGUCCGACUGUCACGGACGGCGCGUCGUUGAUCGGCAUAGCCAUAGGAAAAGCGGCUCUGCAGCAGCCCACGCUUGGCAAGAUGAUUGAGGGAAAUUGGGGUGUGCCAACCGGCAGGUUUGCAGAAUUCCUCCAACGCUUGAGCGCGCCUCUGGCUGUAGGCUACUCUUCGCCAGCAGCUGCCUCUGUCUCCAACGCCCUCUUCUGGCUUCGGCACGAGAUCUCACUUCACAAGCAGGAGAUCUGCGCCAAUACUUUCGACGCCUUCAUCCGCACUCCCUUCUGGACGAAUGUGUCGCAGUUCGACAACAUUCCCUGGGCCUACACAUCGAGGCCGAAGGACUUUGUCGCAGAUGCGCCUGAACUAUCCGUAUAUCGCCAUCGGAUCGUCGUCCUUGCUUCGCUUGCGGUUCGACGCCAGCAUCAGCCAGACGAGGUUCCGAUCGCAUUCCUUCAAUACGCCUUCGAGCAAGUUCAUGCUGCGCUGGGUGACUUGACGCCGCGCUUGAGUCGCGCAGAGACUCUGUCUGCUAUCAAUCCGAUUCUGGAAGACUUGCACGACUUCGGGAUUCGCCUGCUGUGA